AUGGCGGCGCUCGCGGCGGCUGGGCGGCGGCUGGGCUGGUGGGCGCCUCCGCGGCGGCUCCCUGCUGCGCUGUUGUGGGGAAGGAGGUGCAGCUCCGGCCGGGAGGAGGUGUCGGCCCAAGCGGAUCGGCCAAUAGAAAUGGAAAAUCCCUAUAAAGAGCCUCCUAGAAGAUGUGUCUUAUGUGGAAUAAAUGUAGACUACAAGAAUGUGCAGCUUCUGUCACAGUUUGUUUCUCCGCAUACUGGUCGCAUUUAUGGCAGGCACAUAACAGGUUUGUGUAACAAGAAACAGAAAGAGAUCACAAAAGCUAUUAAAAGAGCUCAUGUAUUUGGAUUUAUGCCAGUAAUGUAUAAGAACCCAUCAUUUCUUACAGACCCCAAGAUCUGUAAUGUCAAGUAUCCCGAGUAAUAUUUACUGCAAAGAAAUGAACAAUAAAACUAUCUUUAAUUACUGUC